UUUGAUUAGUUCUCCCACAAUGCAAUGCGCAUCUGUCAUGGCAGCUCACUGAUGCCGCUUGCACCACAUGGGUGGAAAUAAACAUCUUAUCCGUGACUGAGAAACACCGAGUCGGCUUAUAGUCAAAGCGAUUAAUCGACAGAUUUGCUCUCCGACGGUCCGGACCGAAGACAGCCGCAAACACUUGGCCUCACCGGGAAGCAGAGCAGAUAUGAUGCCGCUGGACGUGGAGCUCCCUGUCCUCCGAGGCUUUUUAACAGCCAGCGAGGCAGCGGGGUGGAAGCAGAGUGUUUUCAGCACUCCAGAGGUGGGCUCUCUGCUGGAGUCCCUGAUGGAGGGGGACUUUGAAGCGGUCCUGCUGAGCCCCCAGGUGUUGGAUCUGUUGACCGGAGAUGGCAGCUGCAGCGAAGGGGAGGACAUUGAGGCCUACCUGGAGAGACGGGUCCUGCUCUACCUUACUACAGGCACCAGCGAUGAGCAGGCCAACAGAAAGCUGGCAGUUAUGGCCCUGGCUGUCUCCUGCCUUCAUAUGUUUGCCCAGAGUAACUGGACCGGUCCUCCUGUCUCCAUCCAUAUCUCUGACUUGCUGCCUCCGGCCCUGCUCUCCUCUCAGUCCCAGACCCUGGUUGAGGCGAUCCACUCCAGCCUGCUCCUGGAUGGAGAGUCUGUGUACAGCCUGGUGGCCAACCCGUUUCUCCUCCUGCUGGCCAGGGUCAUUCUCACCAAGUGCUCCUUCAAGAUGGACAGCCUCCAGCUGCUGCCCUGGUGGACCCUGCGCUACGUCAGCCUGCAUCAGCAGAUCCUGGAGGCCUGUUCUCCGCAGCUCCUCGACUUGGCCUGCAGCAGCAUAGACGAAGUGAUGAAAUGUGAGUCUCUGUUAUUGGAGCACAGAAACCUGGCUAUCCAUUUCCACCUGGAGUGUGUCUACAUCAAUUUGUCUUACUAUGAAUAUCAGCCAGCCAAGGAACACAUCAAGAAGGCCCAGGAGCUGUCAGGGCUCGAUAUCAACAUGACUGGUGCUCUUGGCAAACGGACCUAUUUCCAGCAGAACUACUUGGCUCAGCUCAUCCUUGAGGUCAAAAGAAAGGAGGACCAGACUGGUCAGGCAGAUGAGGCCACUCCCACCCCCACGCCUCAGUCCAUCCUGCCCAAGGACCACAGUCUGGGUGAUGACACCGUACUGGAUAAGAUCAAUUUAGCGGAGCCAGAUCAGUAUGAGCUGCCUGACCUCAGCGCCGAGGAGCAGGCCGUCAUCCUGGGUGUCUGCACUGACUUCCAGAAGAAUAACCCUGUGCACAAACUGACUGAGGAGGAACUGCUGGCCUUCACAUCUUGUAUUCUGUCGCAGCCCAAGUUCUGGGCUAUAGAAGUCGCAGCACUUUGCCUCAGGACCAAACUGGAGAAAGGGAGCUCCCGACGUGUCGAGAGAGCCAUGAUGCAAGUCCAGACGAUAGUCGACCACUUUGAAGACAAGAGCUGUCCCGUCAACGAGAGGCUCAAAGGCUUCUACUUCAGCAGAGCACCAACUAGAUGGACUGUCCAGAAACAGCUGGCCAGCCUGCUGACAGAGCUCGGCUGCAACAGCUCCGCUCUGCUUCUUUAUGAGAAACUAGAGCUCUGGGAAGACGCUGUUAUCUGCUACGCAAGGCUCGGACAACAUGGCAAGGCUGAGGAAAUCGUCCGUCGUGAGUUGGAGAAGAAGGAGACGCCCAGUCUCUACUGCCUCCUGGGAGACAUACUGAGGGACCAUCAGUACUAUGACCGGGCAUGGGAGCUUUCAGGCCGACGUAGCGCCAGAGCCAUGCGCUCCAAAGCUCUGCUGCACCUCCACAACAAGGAGUUCCAGCAGUGUGUGGACUGCUUCGAGGAGUCGGUCAAAAUCAACACUAUGCAGCUCGGCGUAUGGUUUUCCCUCGGUUGUGCCUACUUUGCCCUGGAGGGCUAUGAGGGAGCUGCCAAGGCUUUCAAGAAGUGUGUGGGACUGGAGCCAGAUAAUGCAGAAGCCUGGAACAACCUCUCCACAGCCUACAUUCGCCUCCAAAAGAAAGACACAGCAUUUCGUACCCUGAAGGAAGCCCUGAAGUGUAACUAUGAACACUGGCAGAUCUGGGAGAACUUCAUCAUCGUGUGCAUUGACAUCGGGGAGUUUGCUGAAACCAUCAAGGCCUACCAUCGCCUGAUGGACCUUCGGGAAAACUACAAGGACGUCCAGAUUCUACAAAUCCUGGUUCGAGCAGUUGUUGAGAACCUGACGGACAGGCAGGGUGAGCAGUCAAUGACUCUGCGCUCCAAAAUGAAGGAACUCCUGGGCCGGGUCACUUCCCGCCACAGCAGUGACUCUGAGAUCUGGCAGCAGUACGGUCUGCUGUACGGAAACGGCCACAGCAACGACCCUGAGGACAACGAAAAGGCUCUGCAGUUCUUGUCCAAAGCUCAUCGUUGUAAAGUUCAGGCCAGUGGCUGGGAGAAAGAACCUGCUCUCUUCAAGGAGGUGAUCAAAAGAGCCGUCAACAUGGGAGAAGUGACCAUCGCUUGCUGUAAGAAGAAGAGUAAUCCAGAGUCGGAAGUGCGUCGUGUAGCCUCCACCCGCCUCAGCCUCAAGAGUCUGACCACCAAAGCUAAGCAAAUGCACACAGAUGUGGCCACGGGUCAGAUCCACGGCGAGCUGCAGGACGGUGUCUCCGCUCUGGAGCAAGUCAUCACAGAGCUGCAGGAGCUAAGCGCGAAGCUGCGUGACCAAUCACAGUGACCAUCCUCCCAGGAAAAAUCAGAAGCUCUGAAAGCUUCUCAGCAGUGCAGACUAAUCAGAGACAGACUCAGCUGCAGUCCUCAGCCCAGUGUGUUUUCAAAUGCCUUAAAAUCAAAGAGUUUUACAUGUGACACCUGAGAAUAACAAUGUUUUUAUACCUCUUUAUCCAUAUUGGAAUCUAAACUGCAACUGUAAACCUGCAAAAAGUAAAAUUAUUUCAAAUUUGAGUGUGAA